AUGAAUAGAAUCACUUUAGUUGUCAUCAGGCGAAUGAACUUGAUAACCACAAUGAUUGGAGUAACAGUGUUGUUAUUAUUUAUAAUACCGAUAUCGAAGUCACAAGAAAGAAUAUUUGUGUUGGACAAGUGCAUCUUUUCACUUGACAACCCCGACAUUCAAAUCACAGAGAUCAAAGGGAGUGACGACAAGAAGAGUCACAAGGUAAUGUUUGGAGUUACAAUUGACACAAAAAGAGAGAUCAGAAAGGCGCAGUUUUACUUUGAAGGUGAUGGCUAUGUCUUUCACUUAUUGAUUGGACACGUGAACAUCAAAACGUUUGAUUUGGUAGAGUUGAUAGGUGAAGAGGGUGUGAUCAAGGUGGGCAAACGAGAAAUAGAAGUUGGAGCGAAUUACAGUGUUCUCCACCCAUAUGCAAGUUAUGUUCUUGUGUUCAAAAUCAUGUAUGGCGACAAUGAACAGUUAAAUUCGUGUGUGAUGAUCGACUACAGAGCGCCACCGCCAUCAACAUGA